AUGACGAAAAGAACUAAGAAGGUCGGUGUUACCGGAAAAUACGGAACAAGAUAUGGUGCAUCUCUACGUAAGCAGGUCAAGAAGAUGGAAAUCACACAGCACGCAAAAUAUGUGUGUACAUUUUGCGGGAAAACUUCUGUAAGGAGGCAUUCAGUAGGUAUCUGGGACUGCAGAUCUUGUCACAAGACUGUAGCUGGUGGAGCGUAUACUGUAUCGACACCUGCUGCAGCUGCUAUGCGAUCGACACUUAGACGAUUAAGGGAAAUUGCUGAAGUUUAA